AUGGCCGAAACCUCCGCAGCAUGGCCUGUGGCCGAUGAAGCCCUGUCCCAGAAGAUUCUAGAUCUUGUCCAGCAGGCUAGCAAUUACAGACAAUUGAAAAAGGGCGCCAACGAAGCAACCAAGACUCUCAACCGCGGUACCUCCGAGAUCGUCAUUCUGGCCGCCGAUACCACACCACUCGCCAUCUUGCUGCAUCUCCCACUCCUCGCCGAAGACAAGAACGUCCCGUACGUCUACGUGCCUAGCAAGGUCGCCCUGGGUCGGGCUUGUGGAGUGUCACGUGCCGUGAUCGCGGCUAGCAUUACCACCAAUGAGAGCAGCGAUUUGAUGCCUCAAAUUCGCGAGCUGAAGAAUAGGGUCGAACGACUUAUGAUCUGA